AUGCCAAGGCCAGAAGACAUUUCUAUCUUUUUUUUUUAUGAUUGUUUUUCUUGUAUCUUUUUUUAUCUUUUAUUUUCUACAUUUUUUCAUCCUUUCAAUUUUUAUCCAUUUUUUAAAAUUUUUUCUUUCUUUCUUUCUUUCUUUCUUUCUUUCUUUCUUUCUUCUCAUUCAUCUACUCAUUUCUUCUUUUCUUUCUUACAAAAUUUGUUUUUUUCUUACAACAUUUUCUUUGGCUGUUUGUUUGCUUCUUUUUUUUUACAAAAUUUUAUUUGUUCAUUUUUUUCUUAUAAACUUUUCUUUUUUUUCUUUCUUUCUUUCUUUUUUAUAAAAUUUUCUUUCUUUCUUACAAAAUUUUGUUUGUUUCAUUGUUUCUUUGCUUCUUAUAAAAAUUUCUUUCUUUUCUUCUUUCUUUCUUACAAAAUUUUUUUAUUUCUUUUCUAUAAAAUUUCGUUUGGUUGUUUCUUUCUUUCUUUCUUUCUUUCUUUCUUUCUUUCUUUCUUACAACAUUUUAUUUGUUUGUUUCUUUUUUACUUUCUUAUAAAAUUUUCUUUCUUUUUUAUAAAGUUUUUUCUUUCCUACAAAAUUGUGUUUGUUCAUUUCUUUUUUCUUUCGUUUUUUGUUUCUUUUGUCACUUUAUUAAAACUUCUUUGCUUUUUCCUUUCUUCAAUUUCACCUCUCAGUUUUCUGUCGUUUACAUUCUGUUUUAUUUGUUCAUUUUACAUUUCCUUUUUUUUUUUUUUGCUUUAUCAACUGCAUUCUUAUUUUUCUUCUUUCUUUCUGUAG